UUCAUUAAGCGAAUACCUUCCAAAUAAUUCGACACUCGACACUGCGACAAUCAACACGACAGCGCCGGACGAUAGCCAUGGCUCCCAAGGUGGAUAACAAGCAAGGCAAGACCAAGCCCAGCGACAAGGCUGGUGCUGCCGCCAAGGCAGUCAUUAAGGGUGCUGGUGCGCACAAGUCUCGUAAGGUCCGCACCUCUACGACCUUCCACCGCCCCAAGACCCUUCAGCUUUCCCGGUCGCCCAAGUACCCCCGCAAGUCGAUCCCCCAUGUCCCUCGCCUCGAUGCGCACAAGGUCGUCCUCUACCCUCUCAACACCGAGAGCGCCAUGAAGAAGAUCGAGGAGAACAACACCCUGGUCUUCAUCGUCGAUGUCAAGUCCAACAAGCGUCAGAUCAAGCUCGCCCUCAAGAAGCUGUACGACGUUGACACCGUCAAGGUCAACACCCUCGUCAGACCCGAUGGACUGAAGAAGGCCUACGCCCGUCUAACCCCUGACGUUGAUGCUCUGGACAUCGCUGCCACCAAGCUUGCCAUCGUCUAGAUAUUUUUCAUUUAGGGUUUGGGUGAAUUUUUAUUUUGCGCGGUGGUUCAUAAAUAUCAGUCAUAAAGUUAGCUGCCAAUGCUUGAAUGAGGGCUGAAUGAUCGUUUCCAAAAAA